AUGCGACAGCAACACAAUACAACAGCCACAAACACUCAAAAGAAAACCCACAGCACAAGACACACAUCACACAUUGCAAUACAGCGCUCUCACACCGUUUCACUCGAAAUUGACCACACAUCAUCAUCACCCUCAACAGAUUUCACAGAUUACAACAUCAACACCUCACAAGCACCAACACUCAAAAAGAAAACCACAGCAAAAGACAGACACAACACAUUGCAACACUUUGGACAACCCACUCACACCAUUUCACUUGAACUUGACAACACAUCAUCAUUACCCACAACAGAAUACAACAUUAACACCACACAAGCACCAACACUCAAAAAGAAAACUACAGCACAAGACAGACACAACACAUUGCAACACUUUGGACAACCCACUCACACCAUUUCACUCGAACUUGACAACACAUCAUCAUCACCCACAACAGAAUACAACACUAACACCACACAAGCACCAGCACUCAAAAAUAAAACUACCGCACCUGACAGACACAACACAUUGCAACACUUUGGACAACCCACUCACACCAUUUCACUCGAACUUGACAACACAUCAUCAUCACCCACAACAGAUUUCACAGAUUUCAUCACCAACACCAUACAAGCGCCAACACUCGAAAAGAAAACUACAGCACAAGACAGACACAACACAUUCACCAACACUCAAAAAGAAAACUACAGCACAAGACAGACACAAACAUUGCAACACUUUGGACAACGCUCUCACACCAUUUCACUCGAACUUGACAACACAUCAUCACCCACAACAGAUUUCACAGAUUACAACAUCAACACCUCACAAGCACCAACACUCAAAAAGAAAACUACAGCACAAGACAGACACAACACAUUGCAACACUUUGGACAACCCACUCACACCAUUUCACUCGAACUUAACAACACAUCAUCAUCACCCACAACAGAAUACAACACUAACACCACACAAGCACCAGCACUCAAAAAUAAAACUACCGCACCUGACAGACACAACACAUUGCAACACUUUGGACAACCAACUCACACCAUUUCACUUGAACUUGACAAUAUAUCAUCAUCACCCCCAACAGAUUUCUUUGAAAUUAAUACCACACAAGCACCAACACUCACAACACAAGACAGACAACAGACACUUCCAGACAACCAUUUUUCAACACCAAGCUGUUCAUCCCCUUGUCAGCCUCAUCAGGUCCAAGCAGAAAGGGAUAUGCAAGACUUCUUUAAGCUGCAGAGUAAACUUGAAGAAAGGCAUAAACUGGCUGAAAAAAGAUUUCGACACAGAAAAGUACCAACCAGCAGGGGAAGAAUUAUAACAAUUGUACAUGAGGCCCAUGGGGGAAAAAGUGCCUCGUUUGUUUCGUCGGAGGAUGACAACAUACAGGUCAUAUAUGAUUUUGCAUGUAGUGCAUUUGCCGGGGAGAUUCUGCCGCCAAAAUUUCAACUGGCCAACAUUGAGGAUGGGGAAAUUUAUCCACAGAGAAGUCCCAUCACUACCUCAAAAUUGCCUGAAAUUUUGACAAUUGUAGAAGAGGAUUAUACAAUGAAUGAAACAGUCACCAACUACAACGAAGUUUUGUGGACCGUGAAUUAACUUUGCCAGUAGCCACUCGGAGAAACAAAGUAUUUUAAGUUGACACAUUUAACACACAACCAAACAUAAUGUGUUCAUGCAUUUACAAACGUGAAUGAGGAAAAACUGAGAGUACUUCAGUUAGUUCACUUAUUCAUUCUACAGCCAUUGUGAAACAAGUUAUUACAAAAUUAUUCAUCACUCUUGAUGGCACAGAUGAAUCUGAGUGUCGUCUUGUGUUGUGGAGGAAACCGAAGUCAGAUUGCCACUAAAGCAGAAAUCUAUUCCCUUAGUCCAGAAGAAGCUACAUUGUUCAUGGAUCUUGAAACAACAGAAAAUAGAUUUUUCAAUAUUGAUAAAACAAAAUAAUAGCAUUUAGUGUAUAAAGUGUUAUUAUAUACAAACUGAAUUAAGGUAAAAAUUGUGUUAAUUUUGAAAACGGAAUGGUGUGAUAUUCCUUGGAAAAACUGAUGUGCGUAGUUUUCAAAAAUUGAAAAGAUAAACAGUUUAAAAAGCUGAUUGAAUAUCCAAGUAGAUAUUUGUGUUGAACUGUAUUCAGACACUACAUGAGAACAUCAAGGAUGUGAAAACAAGAACAUUAAAACUUAGUUUUUAACUUAAGUAUAUGUCUUGCUCUAUUGUUGCUUUGCGACCUGUUAAACAGUUAGUUUGAAGUUCAAUUUUAUUUUAUAUUUUAUAUACUUAUUCAAUAUGAGUGACAUUGCAACUACUUUGCAAGUAGCUUUAAAUGACAAGGUCCAGUGCAAUGUUGUACUCCAAUUGCAGUCUGGAGAAGAAUUUUUUUGUCAUGAUAUUAUCUUAAGUUUAAAUUCAUUUUAUUUUUCAGCAAAACUUAGCAAAAAUUGGUCUGGUAACUCAGCAGAACCUAGGAUCAUGUGCAUAGAAUUUAAAGAUGAGAUUGUCAUAGGUGUAGUAAAAUUCAUGUAUGGAAUUAAUUGUACUUUGUCACUUACAAAUAUUGAAAGUUUUAUAAUGUGCUCAGUUUUUUAUGGGGUUGAUUCGUUAACAACAUUGUGCAAAGAAUUUCUAAUGGAAAAUCUCAAUUCUCAAACUGUUUUCAGAUUUCUUAGUUUAUCUUGUACUAAUUCACUUGAUAAUGUCAAAAUACUUUGUUUAACAUUUUUGGACUCGAAUUUUGAAGAGUCUAUGGCAGCUUCUGAUGAUUUUUUUUCGCUAUCACCUGAAGUUAUCACUCAAAUAAUUCAGCGUUCUUCACUUGGUGUUCAAGAGGAGUUUUUGUUUGAUUGCUUAAUUCAUUAUUCUGACAGUGUUGAACAUUUUGAUUGGACUUUGAUUGUAAGGUUUAUUAGAUUUUUCUGUAUGACUUUAGAAUAUUUUAUAUGUAAUUGUGUAAGGAUCGGUAUUUUGUCUUCUGAUGUUCAAAAUAAGGUUUUGAUAUAUUUAUCUUCGCCUGAUAUACACAUUUCUACUUUGUCUGACAUAGGUUUAUGUACUUCCCCACGUACCAUUAAUACAAAUUCUGACCUAUUUGCUAGAAGGUCUGUUCGGAGGUCUGAAGGCAGCACCUGGCAUACAGAUGCUCUGAAUGGGGAUAGAGUUUUGUUUAUGUCAGAUAGAAAACUAAAAUUAAAAGCUGUCCGUGUUUAUGGUGUGCCUGAGGCUGAACUUUUUAUUUCACUUUCCAUUUAUGAGACUGCAUCAAAAUGUUUACUUGCACAAACUGAAGGUCGUGUAAUUUUCCAAGAAAACCAAUAUUCAAUGCACGUUCCUUUAAAAAAGAGUUUGCCUAUCAUUCAGAAUACGCAGUAUACAAUUGUGCUAAAAAAUAAUCAUAUGAACACUUUUUAUGGUAGAUAUUGUGUUCGUUCUGUAUCAAUAGUAAUGGACAUUGGUGUUGCAAACAUUUUAUUUCAACAACCAGACAGUGGAUCCUCAUCUGUCGAAGAAGGGCAGAUUGAAGGUCUACUGUUUUAUAAUAAUUAAAAGUAAGUCUCAGGCAUGUAUUAGUCUAUUAGACUAUAAUUACCUAUUUGAUGUAUUUAACCAAGAUAUUUUAUUGAAAUUAAGUGUAUAUGAUCAGCGUUGUGUUGUUAUUUCUGUGACAUAUCUCUUGUGUAUCAUUAGGUGCAUGAUAUGAUAUAUUGACUUUUGAACUGAUGACAAUUAUUUCCAGGCCAUGAAAAUUUUAAGUUCUGUAAUAAAUGCACUUAUUUUUAGUGGUGUUUUUUUUGAACAUUUCUAAAGUCAUGAGAAUAUUAACAUUUUGUUCAAGCUGAUAUCAUGCUUAUUAAAUCAGUAGAUUUUCACACAGAAUUACAUUUCGAUGGUAAAUUAUUUGACAAUAUUCCAACAUACUAAUUCAGUCAAAAUGAUAUAAAUGAUUAUUAUUCCAAUUCAAAAGAGUAUGUUAUGAGAUCAGUGUGUGUACCACGUGAUAAAUUGCGUCAUAAAUGCUACGUCUGAAGGCAAGAUUUUGCUUCUAAUACCUUCACUAUUUCUUCAUUUAUAUGAAACAUAGCGCAGUCUACGCCGCUUACAGAGCCCCUUCAUCGGUGUUUUACCAGAGUUUGAUUGAGAGUUUAGGUUCUUCAAACACCUCGAAAAACCUUUAUUCACAAUACAUCAGUCUGACGGAGCACUGACAAAACAUAAUUAUGGAAACAGAUUUGUUCGAGUGUUUGAAGAAAGUAAUCUUCUUAUCAAACUUCGGUAAUAAAACGAAGGCCAGGCUCUUUAAGUGGCAUAGACUCUCCUUUGUCUUAUUUAAAAUUAUCUUUGAUUGAAGUCUUUAUUUUAUGCAAAAUGUUGCCUUCUGACGUAAUAAUAUUUGAUGUAAUUUUACACGUGGUAUACACACACUGGAGAUUGAGUGACUAAAAUAUAGAAAUGGUGUGAAAAUAGUCUUGGCAUUUUUGUGCCUUAUUAUUUAACACAACUCUUUGAGCAUCUGUCAGAACGCUAUACAUAAGUUUUAUGCAAUUGAUCGAUUUCAUUCCAAUUAUCAAGAUAUUUUAAUCUUGCUAGUGUAAAAUAAGUAUUGAAUGCAGCAGUUUUUGUAGCAUUAAACAUUGAAGUUUUACUCUGAAAUUCAGGCAAUUUAAAAUUAGCUUUAUUUUGAUAAAAGAAUAACAUUUAAUAAUAAUAACAUUUUUUUUUAUCUUGAAACCUUUUCUGACAUUAUUAUUUACUGAUAGUUAUUGUGCAGUUUAUUUUGCAUUUGUCUUGCUUAAGAAUGCUUUAUUAACACUCAUUAAGGAUUUAAUUGACAUAGGACUAUAUCUUAUUGUUUGCUUCAGAUAGAGGAAGCAACUUAAUCUGAUAUGUUUUUAACCAAUAUGUGUUGGUGUCACUUAAAAUUCUCUUAUUGCUCAUGUUGAAAAACACACUUAUAACUUUUUGUAUAAGUUCCAUUUUUAUUAAUAAAUCCUUUGUGUAUA